UUAACCGUAUCCAAACAACAACAACAACAAAGAAAACAAAACAUCCGACUGUCUAGUUGUCAAAAUAACUUAAUUAAAAGAAUGACUGAAAAUCUAGGAUAUUCGCCACAGCCUGUUGAGUUCACAGAUGUGGUGUUAGAAGGUGAGCAUGUGACCUCCAAGAAGAAGAAGGAGCCACGUCGACUUGUCCACUUCAGUGAUGGAGUACUGGAGGAGUACUCCACAGACGAGGAAGAGGAUCAACCUGCGCCACCGCCACCGAUCAACCCGAAAACACUAUCCUGGGUACCAUGGAUGUGGCAUUAUGCAUCUACUGCAGCUGUGAAGACACUAGGGGCUGCAGAUACAUGUGGUGAGAAGCUGGCAUGGUUCUUUGGAAUUACCUCCCCUAAAUACCAGUCUGCCAUUGAUGAGUUCUACAGACUGAAAGCUGAGGAGGAGAAGGAGGAGGAGGAGGUACAAAGCUACAAGAAGAACAUGGCCUUGCUGAACAAUGUCAUAGUGGAGGGCCCGACUGGAGAGAAGACUGUGGGGGACCCCAACAACCAGAAGUUCUGAACACUUGGCAAUAUCGAGUGGCGUUCUGAGAAAACUGGGCAUAAUGUAGGUGCAUAAAGUGUGGUCCCAGAUUAGCCUGUGCAGUUUACACAGGCUAAUCAGGGAUGACACUUUCAGCCUUAUUUGGAUUUUUGCUAAGAAGAGACUUUAUUUAAACAAAAAAUGUCAUAAAAGCGGAAAUGUUGUCCGUGAUUAGCCUGUGCGGACUGCACAGGCUAAUCUUGGACGACACUUAAAGCACAUUCAUUAAGUACCGUUUUCUCAGAACGCGUCUCUAUUAGUCUUACAUACUCAAUAUUUGGUCUAACAUUCUGUGCCACAUCUUACUUUGUAUACAGAAAUGUCUUGUAGUAGUAUGAAUAAGACAGGAUAUUUUUUAUCUGAAUUUAGACACUGUUAUGGAAAUAAUGGUAGUAUAUAGGUUUAACUGCUUGCAAAUUUCAAACAGUAUAAAAAUGUAAGAUUUUGAAGUAUAACUUGAAAACCAUUCGCAUGAGACUCAUUAAAUGUACUUGUAUUGUGUCUUGUAUUGUGUGUUACGCUACGAAAAAGGAGGCUUAAUGCAUGUGAGCUAAGUGUUAAGUAGACGCUGCACAGGCUGAUCUGGGCUCAUGUAUUAAGACCCAUUUUUCAGAGCUUAGGUCAUAUUUAAUCCUUCCAGUCCUUUAAAGAGAUCCAAUACGUGUGGCAACCUAAUGUCUGUCCAGUCCUUUAAAGAGAUCCAAUACGUGUGGCAACCUAAUGUCUGUCCAGUCCUUUAAAGAGAUCCAAUACGUGUGGCAACCUAAUGUCUGUCCAGUCCUUUAAAGAGAUCCGAUAGGUGUGGGAACCUAAUGUCUGUCCAGUCCUUUAAAGAGAUCCAAUAGGUGUGGCAACCUAAUGUCUGUCCAGUCCUUUAAAGAGAUCCAAUACGUGUGGCAACCUAAUGUCUGUCCAGUCCUUUAAAGAAAUCCAAUAGGUGUUGGAACCUAAUGUCUGUCCAGUCCUUUAAAGAGAUCCAAUAGGUGUGGCAACCUAAUGUCUGUCCAGUCCUUUAAAGAGAUCCAAUACGUGUGGCAACCUAAUGUCUGUCCAGUCCUUUAAAGAGAUCCAAUACGUGUGGCAACCUAAUGUCUGUCCAGUCCUUUAAAGAAAUCCAAUAGGUGUUGGAACCUAAUGUCUGUCCAGUCCUUUAAAGAGAUCCAAUAGGUGUUGGAACCUAAUGUCUGUCCAGUCCUUUAAAGAGAUCCAAUAGGUGUGGCAACCUAAUGUCUGUCCAGUCCUUUAAAGAGAUCCAAUACGUGUGGCAACCUAAUGUCUGUCCAGUCCUUUAAAGAGAUCCAAUACGUGUGGCAACCUAAUGUCUGUCCAGUCCUUUAAAGAGAUCCAAUACGUGUGGCAACCUAAUGUCUGUCCAGUCCUUUAAAGAGAUCCGAUAGGUGUGGGAACCUAAUGUCUGUCCAGUCCUUUAAAGAGAUCCAAUACGUGUGGCAACCUAAUGUCUGUCCAGUCCUUUAAAGAAAUCCAAUAGGUGUUGGAACCUAAUGUCUGUCCAGUCCUUUAAAGAGAUCCAAUAGGUGUGGCAACCUAAUGUCUGUCCAGUCCUUUAAAGAGAUCCAAUACGUGUGGCAACCUAAUGUCUGUCCAGUCCUUUAAAGAGAUCCAAUACGUGUGGCAACCUAAUGUCUGUCCAGUCCUUUAAAGAGAUCCAAUACGUGUGGCAACCUAAUGUCUGUCCAGUCCUUUAAAGAGAUCCAAUACGUGUGGCAACCUAAUGUCUGUCCAGUCCUUUAAAGAGAUCCAAUACGUGUGGCAACCUAAUGUCUGUCCAGUCCUUUAAAGAGAUCCAAUACGUGUGGCAACCUAAUGUCUGUCCAGUCCUUUAAAGAGAUCCAAUACGUGUGGCAACCUAAUGUCUGUCCAGUCCUUUAAAGAGAUCCGAUAGGUGUGGGAACCUAAUGUCUGUCCAGUCCUUUAAAGAGAUCCAAUACGUGUGGCAACCUAAUGUCUGUCCAGUCCUUUAAAGAGAUCCAAUACGUGUGGCAACCUAAUGUCUGUCCAGUCCUUUAAAGAAAUCCAAUAGGUGUUGGAACCUAAUGUCUGUCCAGUCCUUUAAAGAGAUCCAAUACGUGUGGCAACCUAAUGUCUGUCCAGUCCUUUAAAGAGAUCCGAUAGGUGUGGGAACCUAAUGUCUGUCACUCUUGCCAGAGGUGUUGUAUGUGUUGAAUGAAUAGAAUCUCCAGCUUAGAUUUUCAUAAAAUUCCUUAACAAAACAUCCACUCUGUUCCACAAUAAGACUCAAUUGCAGUAAGAUUGAUUGAUUUCAACAUUUCCAUUUUUUGAAAUUUAAUACGUGAAUGCAUUAUUAUGAGUUUACAUUUGUAAAAUCGUCCAUAUAGGGUUGUGAACAAUACAGUUAUCUUUAUAAUUUGUAUUGGAGCACGUAAUCUGAAAUGUCAAUGAACAAUAGUAAUCAUGAUAUAUACGAUUAAAAGAGUUCAAGUCAAAAGUCAUGCCUGAACACAUUAGCUGUUCAGUUAAAUACAAUUUAAUGUAUUAAGAAAGGAAAUGUACACAUGUUAUAUCUUUUGUUUAAUUGCAUUUGCAUUUUAAUUAAUGUUUCUUUGUUACAAUAAUACUUAAUCUUUUGAAUAUUGUAUUUGUCCCUUUUUUGUCAAUUUUUAUAUUUUUACAGAAAGAAGACAUAUGUAGCAAAAUGUGCAUCUUUUGUCAUUAGGCAGUAGCAUAACAUUACUAUUCAUAUUUUGUGCGUAAGCGUUCAUUAUUUCAUCAUUGAACAGUAUCAUAACAUUUGAGUACAUUUGUAGCAUAGAUAUAUCAUUGAAAUUGUGUGAGCUUGUGUAAAUACAAAUAAAAUGUAAAUCCAUCUGAUCAAGAACGGCUGUGUAUAUGUUUAAAUAGUAAGAAGACAGGUUCAUUUGGUUCUUACAAAAAAUUUAUAUGAUUUAACUAUAUACUUUAAUAUACGGUAAAUCAAACUCGUCUAUAUGAAUAGUGUAUUUGCCAAAUGAUUCGGAGAUUGCAUCCAAGUCAAUAUUUGUAUGUUUUGUUUCAUGUUAAUAUUAUAUUUUAAAUGUUUACUUUUAUUUUAACUUAUUUUAUUAUACUUUAAUAAAACACUGUUAUGAACAUACAA